AUGGCCCAGUCAAAGCACCUCCUCCAAACAUGGUUUCCCCAUACGACAUCUCCAUUCAUCGCCAAUGCGCCCAUGUUCGGGUUUGCGGAUUAUUCCCUGGCAGCUGCAGUGACCAAGGCCGGUGGUCUCGGCUUUAUCGGCGGAGGGUUUGACUUUACUACAGAGUCAAGCCAACUCACGAAGCUCAACGACCAGUUGGAGAAAGCUCGCGCAGAGGUUGGAGCUAUCUCCUCCAACAAUCUACCCAUUGGCGUCGGAUUCAUUACAUUCAAGCCCUCGGGAUUUAUUGAUAAUGUGAUUCCACUACUUCAGAGACAUCGACUAGCGGCAGUCUGGCUAUCUUUCCCCGAAGCCGACGCAGAUCAUCUGCCCAUCAUAGAAGGGAUUCACCAGGUCCGGACAAAGAGCGACUGGAAUGUUAAAAUAUUCGUGCAGACAGGAACCGUUCAGGCAGCUACGGAGGCUGUCAAGCAAGGUGCCGAUGUUGUCGUUGUGCAAGGUUCUGAUGCCGGAGGGCAUCAAUGGGCACAGGGGGCUAGCCUGAUCUCGCUUUUGCCCGAGGUACGCGACACCCUUGCAGAAACCGGUGCUGCAUCCCACACUGCAGUCUUGGCAGCUGGUGGUAUUGUAGAUGGCAGGGGCUGUGUUGCAGCACUUGGACUUGGCGCCGAUGGAGUCGUUAUGGGCACUAGAUUCGUCGCUACUGAGGAAUGUGCAGCCCCAUCUCUUAUCAAAAAGGCGAUCCUGUCUGGCAGUGACGGCGCUGCUUCGACCAUCAAAUCCAUUCGGCAUGACGUUUUCCAGUCAACCGAUGUUUUCCCCAGGCAAUAUGACGGCAGAGCUGUUAUUGGAAUCAGCUAUGAUGAAUCUAAAUCGGGUGCUAGCGACGAGGACAUCAUUCAGCGUUACAAGGAUGCCAUGAAGAACGGAGAGGAUGAUCGGCGGACGGUAUGGGCUGGUGCAAGUAUUGGUGUGAUCAAAGAAGAGUUGUCUGUGGCUAAUCUGGUCAAGAGUGUCCAGCAAGAGGUCAAGUCCGUUAUGAACCGACUCAAUCAGAGCAUAUAA